CAGGCACCCACACUUACCCUGGCACCUACUCUAUCUGGGUUCCGGGUCCCGGGUCCGCUCGCUUCCGUGAUGGCGUCAAAGGGGUGACGGAGGGCGUUCCGUCCAUUUCCGGGCCGUCUCUGCGGCGUCUGAGCGGCCCAGUCCGGGAGGUUGUAGGUGUUGUGGCCGCCGGCUCAGAGGCGAAGGGGUCGCUAGCCCAGGAGACUCUCUGAUCUCCCCGCUGCCCGCAGGUCUGUCGGCUUUGAGGAGAAGCUGCAGACUGCCCCACGGCGUAAGGGAUGGGAUCAGAGAACAGCGCUUUGAAGAGCUAUGCCCUGAAAGAGCCACCGUUUACCCUGCCCGCGGGACUUGCUGUCUACCCUGCUGUACUGCAAGAUGGCAAACUUGCUUCAGUCUUUGUGUAUAAGAGAGAAAAUGAAGACAAGGUUAAUAAAGCUGCCAAGCACUUGAAGACCCUGCGUCACCCUUGCUUGCUAAGAUUUUUGUCUUGUACCGUGGAACCAGAUGGCAUUCACCUCGUCACUGAGCGAGUGCAGCCCCUGGAAGUGGCCUUGGAAACGUUGUCUGCCGCAGAGGUCUGUGCGGGCAUUUAUGACAUACUGCUGGCUCUGGUCUUCCUUCACGACAGAGGACACCUCACACACAACAAUGUCUGCUUAUCAUCUGUGUUUGUGAGUGAAGAUGGGCACUGGAAGCUAGGAGGAAUGGAGACUGUUUGUAAAGUGUCUCAGGCCACGCCAGAGUUUCUGAAGAACAUUCAAUCAGUUCGAGACUCAGCAUCUGUCCCUCCCGAAGAGAUGUCUCCAGAAUUCACAACUCUUCCAGAGUCUCAUGGACAUGCUCGGGAUGCCUAUGCAUUUGGGGCAUUGGUGGAAAGCUUGCUCACGAUCCUAAAUGAACAGGUUUCAGCGGAUGUUCUCUCCAGCUUUCAGCAGACCUUGCACACAGCCCUGCUGAAUCCCAUCCCACACUGCCGGCCCGCGCUCCGCACCUUACUGUCCCAUGACUUCUUCAGAAAUGAUUUUCUAGAAAUUGUGAAUUUCUUGAAAAGCUUAACACUGAAGACUGAAGAGGAAAAAACUGAAUUCUUCAAAUUUCUGCUGGACAGAGUCAGCUGCUUAUCAGAGGAGCUAAUAGCUUCGAGGUUGGUGCCGCUUCUGCUUAAUCAGUUGGUGUUUGCAGAGCCAGUAGCUGUUAAAAGUUUUCUUCCUCAUCUGCUUGGCUCCAAAAAAGCAGACAAAGAGCAAGGAGAAACCCCUUGCUUGCUCUCGCCAGCCUUGUUUCAGUCCCGAGUGAUCCCCGUUCUCCUCCAGUUGUUUGAGGUUCACGAGGAGCAUGUACGGAUGGUGCUCCUGUCUCAUAUCGAGGCCUACGUGGAGCACUUUACUCACGAGCAGCUGAAAAAAGUCAUCUUGCCCCAGGUGUUACUGGGCCUGCGUGACACCAGCAGUUCCAUUGUGGCAGUUACUCUCCAUAGCCUUGCAGUGUUGGUCUCUCUCCUUGGGCCAGAAGUGGUUGUAGGAGGACAGAGAACCAAGAUCUUCAAACGCACUGCCCCAAGUUUCACCAAAAUGACUGAUCUUUCUCCAGAAGAUUCUCCCAGGCAUGUGGCCUGCAGCCAGCACAGUCAGAUCUUGCCCACCUCGGAGAGUCCCUCCUCUAGCACAUUCCCAAAAGGGUUCGCUUCUGGCAACCUCCCCAUCAACAGCAAGGAGCACAUGCAGCGAAAUUACUACAACACUUGUUUACACACAGGUGAUCAUUUUUCUCAGUCUAUUAAAUUUCCCAUGAAUGGAAUCUCAGAUGUGAAAAAUACUUCAGGGGACACUGAAAAUUUCUCAUCAGACUCUAAAAAGUCCGAAGAGUGGCCUGACUGGAGUGAGCCUGAGGAGCCAGAGACCCAGACUGUCAGCACGCACAUUUGGCCCAGAGAGCCCUGUGAUGCUCCUGAGUCCCUGUGCACUGACCUGACCUCAGAAGCAGUGGCUUGGGAAGACUGUGCACCUAGCAGCUUAGGUACUCAAGAAAGCCUAGGACCCGGCGUCUCUGCACCAGUGACGCAGAAGCCCAUUCCUGAUUUUCCUCCACUCUCUGAACCAGCCAAGCCUCUGAAAUCAAGUCUACCCCCAGAUCUACAAAGCAGAGAACACCCAGGCCAGACCAAGCCACCCAAAGGGCUAUCACAAGAAAGACCUCUUAAAGUUCCAUCAGAACUUGGUUUAGGAGAAGAGUUUACCAUACAGGUUAAAAAGAAGCCAGUACAAGAUCCGGAGUUGGACUGGUUUGCUGACAUGACCCCAGAAAUUAAGCCUCCAGCUGCUUUGCUUAUUUUGCCUGAACUGAGAACACACCUGGUGGUCUCCAGCAAGGACGAUGUCUCACCAGUAACACAAUUUUCCUCAAAAUUUGCUGCAGCAGAAAUGACUGAGGGAGAGGCUGAUGGCUGGGGAGAAGAAGGGGAGCUGAACUGGGAAGAUGGUAACUGGUGACAGCGGACGUGAGUUAAACUUCAGGAAGGACUCUUCUUUAAAAAGAAAAAUGAAUACCUCAGACGCAGGCUGUAUGGACAAAAACAACAAAGCAGCCUCUUUUCCCAGUCUGUGCCAACUGCAGAGUGAGACAAUGCUCGAGUGCUGGCUGAGCCCAGGUGGCCAGGGGCUCACAGGGCUGGCUUGUGGGAGGCGAGCCUGGGUGCCUUCAGCCAAGGCCAGCGUCCACGAAGAGUAAGGAGCUGGGGAAAGGCUGACUUACUGCUUUAAAAAAGCAAGAAAAUAAAUCUAAAAGUCAAGCUGGUUAGCUUAAUUUUGUGCCAUUUCUUUAACACUGAAAAGAAUAAGUUCUAUUAUGUAAUACAACUUACUGAACAAAAAAAAUUAGCUGUAAAUUAUAAGUGACUUAAAGUUUCCUUAGGCAGCUUAUUUAUUUGUUUACAAUUGUACUUUCUGAAUGAAAGGUCCCUUGUGGACCUGGGCAGUUACUGUUCCACAUGUAUCACCUUGUACCAAAGGUCUUAAUGAGAAAUUAUCACCACAAUCCUGUUCUCUAAAUGUCAAAUAAAAACUAUUUUCACUAGA